GCUUCAUUUUCCUCAAUCAGCUACAUCAUUCGCCACACUAGCAUUAGAGAGACAAGACUCACUUCACUUCCAGAAUCAAGCUAGAGAUUGACCGAUGCCUUCAGCGACCAGUUGGUGGCCUGUCCGCUCGGCUUCAUCUGGAUCUGAGCCUGGUUACGGAAUGUGGCGCUGGCUGAGCUGGAGUCGACCGGAGAUGAGUUUCUUGUCCGUAAUUGCGGACGACGUGGUGUGGAAAGUGGUAACAGCGUUCGAGUCAGUGGCUUUGGUCUCCAUGCUCGGUUUCUUCUUUCUCUUCUAUGGCUGCACCGUCUGAUUUUGAAUUUCACUUAAGAUUUUGUUUUGUUUUUGUUUACUCAACUGCUGGAAAGUUUUGGUUUUUUUUUUGUUCGUCUCUUAUUAAUUUUUUGCUUUUCCUUGGUACUUUUAUCUUCCAUUGGUCUGUUUCCACCGAAUGCUAGUGGGUGAUGCAACGGCGGAGUUAUUGAUGCUGUGUUUUCAAGGAGGCGCGUGAUUCUCACUCGCUAGUCGCUUUAGUUUGUUUUAGUUUUGGUUUCUGUUUCGUAAUGAUCAUAACAUGUUAUGUUUGGUAGUUUA